GCCGCGCGGUGGGGGCGAGCGGAGCGGGGCGUCCGGCGCGUCCCCCAGCGGCCAGCGGGUCCGCCCGCGGGGCUCGGUGCGAGCCCUCCCCGCCUCCCCGCGCCGCCCCUCCCCCGGCCCCGGGCGCCUGGAGCUGCGACGCGAGCGCUGGGCGCGGGCUGCGGGCGGCGACGGGGCCGGGCCGGCUGGCCAUGGCGCGGGCGGCGGGCGCGCGGUGCGGGCGGUGCGCGCGGUGCGGGCGGUGCGCGCUCCUCGCCUUCGCCGCGUGGACCGCGGGCUGGGUGCUGGCGGCCGCGCUGCUGCUCCGCGCGCACCCGGGCGUCCUCUCCGAGCGCUGCACCGACGAGAAGAGCCGGCGCAUCCUGGCCGCGCUGUGCCGGGACUACCGGGGCGGCUGGCUGGUGGGCGACCUGUGUGAGGACCUGUGCGUGGCCGGGGAGCUGCUCUACCAGCGCUGCCUGUACUACGAGCGCGGCAAGAAGGUGCUGCAGGCCCGGUGGCGGGGGAGGCCCGUGGUGCUCAAGUCCAAGAGGGAGGCCUUCUCCAGCUUCCCACCGCUCGGCCUGCUGCAGGAGCAGGAGGCUGGGCAGCGGGGCCCAGGCAUCCCAGAGGCCGAGCUCCUCCUGGUGCUGGCCGGGGAGGUCAAGAACACCCUGGGCCUGGAGCUGCCCAACAGCAGCAUGGGGCCCCUGUGGCCGGGCCACCGGGGCCCAGGCUGGCGGCAGCAGCUGGCCAGCGCGUGGUCCCUGCUCCAGCAGGAGGAGUACGUGCACCUUAGCCUCCUGCAGGGCCUGAGUCACCACGUCCUGCCUGUGCUGGGCUCCUGCGGCCACUUCUACGCGGUGGAGUAUCUGGCCGCCGGCAGCCCCCGGCACAGCGCUCUCUUCCCUCUGGGCCGGGCUGCUCCCCGGGGAGGCCGGGCCCAGGCCCGGGCCAUCAGCCACAUUGCACUCAGCUUCCUGGACAUGGUGAGCCAUUUCGACCGUGACUUCUCCCACCGUCUCCACCUCUGCGAUGUCAAGCCCGAAAACUUUGCCAUCAGGAGUGACUUCACAGUAGUGGCUAUUGAUGUGGACAUGGCCUUUUUUGAACCUAAAAUGAAGGAGAUUCUUGAGCAAAAUUGUACAGGAGAUGAAGACUGCAAUUUCUUUGACUGUUUUUCAAGGUGUGAUUUGCGUGUGAACAGGUGUGGAGCUCAACGAGUCAACAGCAACCUGCAGGUCAUCUGUGACAAAAUAUUUCGCCACUGGUUCUCCUCCACUCUCAAGAGCUCCGCCGUCUCCUUCCAGCUCCGGCUGCAGUUACAGCAGGCUGUGCGGGAGUGCACAGACCCAGAAGGCUCCGCAGGCAGCUGGAGAGCAGCCCCCAGCGUGUUCUGGAAGCUUCGCAGACUCCUUCAAGCCGCGCUGAAGGAGCUGCAGGAGGCGGAGAAGUAGACACCCCGGCUUCAGUGUGUGCAGUCGAGCAGUGACCUGGGAGCCAUGUCCUCUGCAGCCGCUUUCAUGAGGAGACGUUUUCACUAUGCAAAUGAACAUCUCUAAGGUGUCGUGAGGACUGGCUGCUCUGUUGCCAGUGCUGUCGAGUUUCGCCUCUGCCGCUGUGAUGAAGCCUCCGAGCUCUGCCCCAGCUCGAUCACGUUCGUUGAUCUGACCCUCCUGUCACACCCUGAAACUGAAAUGACGGCGGGUUACAGGGCGUCUUCCUGCUGGGGCUCUUAGAAAACAGACCGCUCAUGCCGCAUCCUGAAGGGAGCCCUGUGCCCGGCAGUCAGAGCAAAAGAUCCCAUUGCUCUUCCCUGUCAGCCACUCCAGUGUGUGCACACAGGUGAGCGUGCAAGUGAGCACGGAUGUGCACAGGUGUGUGGACUUGCAUGAGUGUACCCACAUGUGCUUGUGUGUCUGUGAAGAGCAGCAUGAAUGCGUGUGUGCACAUGAGUGUGUGCAGACAAGUAUGUGAACGUGUGUGUGCUUGCAUCGUGUGUGUGCAUGAAUGUGCAUGACUGUGCACAUGCUACUGCUCAUGGGGGAGUCCGAGGAUGCCUGUGUGUGCACAUGUGAAUGUGAGUGUGCACCUGCAUCAGUGUUUAUCUACGCUGUAAGCGUGUGCACCUAAAGGAGUGUGCAUGUGAACAUAUGCACACGGAUGGGUGUGACUGCAUGCUCGAGUGCAGGCAUCUGUGUGCAUGUGAGUGUGAGUAGGUGGGCGUGGGACGUGGGGGGCUCUGUCUCUGUGUGCCUGGGGGAAGCUUGCUCAGCUAGCAAAGAUGAGUGACCUUCUCGGAAAUUAAAUACGAUAAAAAGGAAGCAAGCUAGUCGCCCUGGGGCGCGGGCUCUGCCUGGGAGGGUGUGUGGCCGCUGUGGUUUGCAUUCUGUGGAAUCAGGUGAUUUUUCGGGUUGUGUUUUAGGGAGCACUUUGCCACUGACCACGGCACGACUUCCUUCAGAGCAGGGAGCCGUGGGCUUGCGGGAUGCAUGCUGGCGUGGGCAGGGCCCACGGGUGGUGGGAGGCCAGCUCCUGCCUGCCGACUGACGGGCCACGCCGCAGGCACGGGAGCCUUCUUUGGUCGGUCGUGCUCUUCAGGAUGCGCUUUCCUGCAGUGGACGGAAGCCACAGGAGGCAGCCACCUCUGCUGGCUUCCUGGCAGGGUGGGCGAGGGGCCCCGUGGAGCCAGCGAGGCUUUCCACUCAAGCUGGGACCUGCGAGUCCUGCAGGAACUUCUAGAACCACACAUGGCGUGGAGGGGAAGUCCAGAAAGACACAGCAGGACGGGAUGAGGAGGUGAUGUCGGGUUCCAAGUAGAAAAGGCCAAAAGCCGAAGUGUCGAAACUGCAUGAACUGAAGAAUUCCCGACAGCUUCUGUCCCCAGCCCCCAGCCCCUUUCUGAUCUACACCAAGGUUCUCCAGGUCUUCUGGGGUCAUUUCCGUUGUGGGCCUGUCUGCACCAGCUCACUCCCAGCGAGAUGUGGCAAGGGAAACCAGGAUCCCACAAUCCCGCCAGCCCAUUUCUGCGGUCCUGCAGACGCGUGAGGUGGCCACACUGACCUGCUCUUCCCGCCCGUCCCUCCCUGCAAUGUAUCGGAUGUUGCCAGCUGUCACACAGGGGGACAGGGUCUCCACCAGUCCUGUACCCGAGGACCCACUUCUGUGUCAGCAGCAUGUCCGACUCUUGUGGCACAAGUGAACUGAGACCCCAGCUGGCAGACUCCCACCGCCAGGACAUGGGCCCGGGAGCCGGGCGAGAUCCCGGCCCCUGCUCCAUUGCAGUCUCCCGUGGGCAGCUUAUCAUGGGUGGCAGGGUCCCAGGAAGGCUGGUGGAGACUGGGGAGGCCGGAGGCCCCGGGCUUUGCCACCUGCGCCCUUGGGGCCUGAGCCCCAGCUCCUGCCACCUUUCCUAGUGGCUCUGGGCUCACUGGCCAGGCAACCAGUCUCCCAGUGAGGGGAAAGUUAGUUUUCAUUUCCACCAAAAUGGAAACAAAUGCUCUGUUUACCGUGGAGACUGUGCAGGGUGUAAUUACCCAACACACAGUGGUUUGCUUGCUGAAAGGGAGCUUUUCAUCUCCUUCCUCUUACGUUGGCUACCGGGUUCAUGCACUUCCCCACCCAGCCUGGAGAAUUCCCUGUGAGACAGAGACUCUUAAACAAUCUGUGUGAAGUUCAGGUUUGUUUGAUUUUUAUUUUCAAACCCUUGCAAGAUAAUGCUUUUAUAUAGUGCAAUAAAAGCACCGUGUGUAUCAGUA